UGAGUACACAGUGCCGUGCUUUUGGACACAGCGGACAGGCUUCCAUUCAGCGGAACGCUCUCUGGACUAGCCGUGUACAGGAGGCUCUCCCCCCGCUGCUGCAGACACACUCCGCCGCUGCGGUCCAUGUGAAGCUCUGCAGCUGCUGCCUCUGUGUGGCGGGAUGGCGCUCUCCUUUCUUCUCUCCUGCUCUGCCAUGUUGCCCUUACUCAGAGUGUCUGCCUAUAAUACAUCUGCCGGCUGUGCUAUCAUCCGUCCUCCCAAAGAUGGAGGGAUACGCUACAGAGGGCUGACACAAGAGCAGAUCCGCAGUGUGCAGGUGCUCCCUGUAGACUAUGAGAUAGAGUACAUCUGCAGGGGCAACAGGGUGAUUGUGGGACCAAAGGUCAGGAAGUGUUUGCCCAACGGCACCUGGACCGACCUGAGCCAGCGCAGCAGAUGCUUGCUGAUGUGUCCCCGGGUGUGGACAUCAUUGGAAAAUGGCCGGGUGUCCUCUUGGCCUCUGGGGCCCCCGGUGGAAGGGACAGUGCUGCACUAUAGCUGUCUGCCCUCCUUCAUCCUCAUGGGCAGAAACUCAACACAGUGCAACAAGAUGGGCAAGUGGGACACGCCCAAACCUGUGUGUCACUAUGAUCGGCACUACAAAGGCAAGAAGAAGCUCUACAUCGGAGCCCUGUUCCCCAUGAGCGGAGGCUGGCCGGGGGGACAAGCCUGCCUCCCCGCCGCUCAGAUGGCUCUGGACCUGGUGAACAGCAGGACCGACAUACUGCCCGACUACGAGCUGGAGCUGAUACACUACGACAGCAUGUGUGAUCCAGGUGAGGCCACCAAGCUGCUCUAUGACCUUCUGUACACGGAGCCCAUUAAAAUCGUGCUGAUGCCAGGCUGCAGCUCUGUGUCCACGCUGGUGGCUGAAGCUGCCCGCAUGUGGAACCUCAUAGUG